GACCUGGCAAGCCUGGUUAUGUAAGAAGUAUUUCUGAAAUAGCUCCAUGAUGUUGUACCAAAUGGCUGUACUAUAUGCACCUCGCAUGCGCGCUGACAGCUAUCGGCGUCGUGACAUUCGCGACGCGAGCGUGUCUGUAUACCCUAGCCAACCCCAAAUUCCCGCGCAAACUUCAUUUUUUUUGGAACUAUGUCCGUUUGAUCGCCAAAAUCUGCGCUUUUUUUGGGUACCCAUCUGGAAAUUAUUAAACAUUGGCAUCCCUAUGUGAUCGACCCCAUGUGAUCGACCCCCUUAGGGUCCGUACC